AUGUUUAAACAAAUUUUAAGACAUCCUGGAUCAUAUAAUUUACAUCAAAUUUUAUUAGGUACACCAAGAAAAGCUAUUGCUAUAUAUCCCAAUAUAAUUCAGUAUGAGAGUACUCAAAUGUUUACCACUGCUUCAGUUAAAGAAAAAUGGGAUUUAUAUAGUUCUAUAUGUUUAGAACGUCAUCCAGUUAUAAUACAAUCAAUGCAAGAAUUGGAAUUAAGAUUUUACAAUAUGUUAAAGAAGAUUGAAUUUGAAAAUAGUCUAAAGUCUGAUCAUGAGCUGAGAAAAGAAAAAGAACUGAAUCAGCAAAAUAUGAAUGUAAAAGCUAGUGAAGAUAUGGAUUUUGUUUCAAUACAAACUGCACAAGACUUUGAAGACAGUAAUCAAGAAGAACUAAACAAUUUUAAAUUUGCUCCAACAAUUACAAAAUUCGACGAACAAAAUAAAACAUCAUCAUUAAAACGUAAACUGGAUAAAAACUUACUUUUAUUAGUUCAUCAAGAAGUGGGUGAUACACAUUAUUGGAUACCUCCUCAGGGUAUUAGACAUGAAGGAGAAACCAUGAGACAAACAGCAGAAAGGGUACUACAAAACACAUGUGGUACUAAUAUACAAGUAAAGUUUUAUGGAAAUGCACCCAUUGGAUUUUAUAAAUAUAAAUAUCCUCGGAAGCUUCAAGAAAAAGGAAGCUAUGGUGCUAAAAUAUUUUAUUUUUUAGCAAAAUAUAUAGACGGAGAUAUUACAAAUAACAUAAAAUACCAGUGGUUAGAUCACGACGAAUUAGAAAAAGCAUUACCUAGUGAAAUGCAAAACAGUAUUUCACAGUUUAUGUUACAUAUCUAAAUAAUAUAUGAAAUAAAAUAUUGUGUGUAUAUAGAUCGUCUUUGAAUAUUAUAUUGAAUUUCAGGAAGUAAAGAUUAAUUAUAAGCUUUAUUGAAAAAACUAACAUUUAAUAUUAAAAUAAAUAUAUAUUUCAGAA